GCGCUAAAGGCGCAAAAUAAAAGCAGUCUGGAUUUUUCUCCACUUUGUCGUUGUAUUGGAAAGAACUGGGAUACUAUCCUAUGAACGACAUACAUUAUAGGUUUCCAUUACUAUCUCAAGUUUCAUAUAUAAAUUAUAUUUUCUUAUGAAGGAAACAUAAGGACCAAUCCGAUAUAUUUCGGCAUUCACAUUUACUAUGACAGUUAAGGUAAUAGGAAACAAGAGCAGCUCUCACUAUGGCGCUACACGCCUUCAUCGACAUCGGCGUCAACCUCACCGACCCCAUGUUCCGAGGGCUCUACCGGGGCAAGCAGAAACACCCAGAUGACUUUGAUCAGGUCAUUGAGAGGGCAGUCAGCACAGGAGUACAGAAGUUCAUCAUUACAGGAGGAAGUCUAGAAGACAGCAAGGAGGCUCUGAAACUGGCCCAGACCAGAGAGGACCUGUUCAGCACGGUGGGCUGUCACCCCACCCGCAGCAGUGAGUUUGAGGCGCUGGGAGCAGACCAGUACCUCUCCGGCCUCACCCAGCUCGCCCAGCAGAACCCCGGCAAGGUGGUCGCCAUCGGGGAGUGUGGACUGGAUUUUGACAGGUUGGAGUUCUGCCCCAAAGAGACUCAGAUCAGGUACUUUGAGAAGCAGUUCGAUGUGGCGGAGGAGACCAGAUUACCCAUGUUCCUCCACUGCCGGAACUCCCAUAAGGACUUCCUGGACGUGAUGAGGAGGAACAGAGAGCGCUGUGUGGGUGGAGUGGUGCACUCGUUUGACGGGACGGCCCAGGACGCCGCGGCGCUGGUGGACCUCGACCUCUACAUCGGCAUCAACGGCUGCUCCUUGAAGACGGAGGCCAAUAUUGAAUCUAUGAAGUCGAUUCCUACAGAGAGGCUGAUGAUUGAGACAGACGCCCCCUGGUGCGGGGUGAAGGCGUCCCACGCCGGCUCCAGGUUCGUCUCCACCGCCUUCCCCACCAAGAAGAAGUGGGAGGAGGGCCACUGCCUGAAGGACCGCAACGAGCCCUGCCACAUCAUACAGGUGCUGGAGGUGAUGGCGGCGGCCCGCGGGGAGGACGUGAUGGAGAUGUCCUCCACCAUCUACAACAACACACUGAAGCUCUUCUUCAGCUGAAGGCUCUCGGCACGGCCACAGGUCCCGGGUUCGAUUCCCCCGGGCCGAGGAGGAGGGGCGUGCGUUCUGCAGGACCGGUGGAGCCGCGGCCGGAACCCUCCAGAAGGCUUCAAGGACUUUUCAUGUGUCUCCAUGUUGCAUAACGCCCUUGUGAACCCGCUAAAACCGUGCUCUUAUGUGCUCCACAUCUUGGGUAAACAAGUUAUCAACUAAUGAAUGGCGUGGUUGAGAUCGAGCCUCAACGCAUUGUGAACGAGUUGUUGUAAAGCCUAAAAUGGUCCACGUUCAUUUCUUUAUUUUGUGCAUACAUAAAUAAAGUUUUACUCUGA